GUUAAGCAUCCGGGACCUCGCCAUCGUAGAAGAUAUGGCGGACAUGUAUAAUGAAAAUUGAAAGGAUAUUUAGUGUAAAUAUUUAGUGAAUGAGUGUUUAUAGUAUUUUAAACUAACAAGCACGGGAAAUUUAGUUGAGCACUCGUUAUAAUAAUAAAACGAUGCAGAAUAUAGGACGUUCUAUAACUCAGAAUCAAGAUAAAGUGUCUGUGCAACAACUAGAUACUGCAAAAUUGUCGACUCCCCAUAGUUCUAAUUGUAGUACAGCGGACAUUGAAAGUGAUCCGUAUUGUGGACAAAAGGCUGAUUUUGCUGAAUUAGAUUCUUCUGAUAGUGAUGAAGAAUCAGUGUCCGAGGAUUUGGAGGACGCAGAAGUUGGAGAUGGUGCAUUUCUUCUUGAAUCCGAUGAGAAUGGAAGAACAGUUGAUCCUGAAACUCAGGCACGUUUGGAAGCACUGCUGGAGGCUGCAGGUAUUGGCAAAUUGUCAUCAGGGGAUGGCAAGCAUUUGGCAGAUCCAGAUGUUUUGCGUCGAUUGACAUCAUCUGUUUCUUGUGCCUUGGAUGAAGCAGCUGCUGCCCUAACACGAAUGAGAUCUGAUAAUCCACGACAUUCCGAAAAGAGUAACCUUGCUAGAACUUUAGUGGAAGCAUGUUCUGAUGGAGAUGUUGGUACAGUUAGAAGGCUUUUAACAGAAGGUCGCUCAGUUCAUGAAACAACAGAAGAUGGUGAAUCCUUACUAUCUUUAGCUUGCUCUGCGGGUUACUAUGAAUUAGCUCAGGUACUCAUUGCUAUGAAUGCUAAUGUGGAAGAUAGGGGAAUAAAAGGUGAUUGCACUCCAAUAAUGGAAGCUGCUUCUGCAGGGCAUGCUCAGAUGGUUACACUCCUUAUUGAAAAUGGUGCAGAUGUUAAUGCGCAAUCUUCAUCAGGUAAUACACCUUUAAUGUAUGGAUGUGCUGGUGGUCAUGAUGAAGUUGUAAAGAUUUUACUAGCAAAUGGGGCUAAUGUAGAAGAUCACAAUGAAAAUGGUCAUACUCCCCUCAUGGAAGCUGCUUCUGCUGGUCAUGUGGGAGUUGCCAAGAUUCUACUAGAAAAUGGUGCUGGCAUCAAUACACACUCCAAUGAAUUCAAAGAGAGUGCUUUGACCCUAGCCUGCUACAAAGGUCAUUUAGAUAUGGUUAGGUUCUUGUUAUUGGCUGGUGCUGAUCAAGAGCACAAGACUGAUGAAAUGCAUACGGCUUUAAUGGAGGCUUCAAUGGAUGGUCAUGUUGAAGUAGCUCGUCUUCUUUUAGAUUCUGGUGCACAGGUUAAUAUGCCUACAGAUAGUUUUGAAUCUCCUUUGACAUUGGCAGCUUGUGGUGGACAUGUAGAUCUAGCAAUGCUUCUUAUUGAACGAGGAGCAAAUAUUGAAGAAGUAAACGAUGAAGGAUACACUCCAUUGAUGGAGGCUGCAAGAGAGGGUCAUGAAGAAAUGGUUGGACUUCUGUUAUCUCAAGGCGCUAACAUAAAUGCUCAAACUGAAGAGACCCAAGAAACUGCUUUAACCUUGGCUUGUUGUGGAGGAUUUUUAGAAGUAGCUGAUUAUUUAAUUAAAGCUGGAGCCAAUAUUGAGUUAGGUGCAUCCACGCCCUUGAUGGAAGCAGCUCAAGAGGGACAUCUUGAUUUAGUUCGAUACUUACUGGAGGUUAAUGCAGAUGUUCAUACACAAACUCAAACUGGUGAUACAGCUUUGACUUAUGCUUGUGAAAAUGGUCAUACUGAUGUUGCUGAGCUAUUAUUGCAGUAUGGUGCUGAUCUUGAGCAUGAAUCUGAGGGUGGCCGAACACCACUGAUGAAAGCUUGCAGGGCUGGUCACAUUUGUACUGUUAAAUUUUUAAUAAGUAAACAUGCAGAUGUUAAUAGACAAACAACUAAUAAUGAUCAUACUCCAUUAUCGUUGGCCUGUGCUGGUGGCCACCAGCAGGUUGUGGAGACAUUGCUGAAAUUAUGUGCUGAUCCCUUUCAUAAAUUAAAAGAUAAUUCUACCAUGCUAAUUGAAGCAGCAAAGGGAGGCCAUACUACAGUAGUGCAAUUAUUGUUGGACUAUCCUCAUUCAAUUAUGAUGAAUCACCCGCAUCAAAACCAAAUACCUAAUAUGUCAGGCUUACAUGAAGUACCUGAUGCUGUUCGUAUUCAAGAAGACUUAUCUUCAAGAAUGUUGCAAAUGUCUCCAAAUCAGAAUUCUAUUUCUCAGCGUCCACAUUUGGAUUCAAUAGCUCAAGUUAAUUUAUCUCAGCCUAAUUCACAGAAAAAUUCUAUAAUAAAUGCACAACCUGCAUUGGUCAACACUUUGCCGCUUGACAUGAGUAGACUCAGUGAUCAAGGGAAUAACCCACCAAUGACUCUAUUAGGUACUGCAGCCAGUAGUAGUUCGUGUUUGCCUCAAGUAAAUGCUCCCCAAGCAUCUCUUCUGGCUCAUAUCAAGCGAUCACAACAAGCUGGGAUGAACCAAUCUAAUUUUACUCAAGGAUUAGUGUCACAAGGUUUAAAUGAAGGAUUGAUGCUUCCUAGUGCCUCUUUUUCGAAUGGUGCAACAAAUGUGGUAACAUCCAAUUCAUUGCCUACUAGCCUGCCACAGCUGAGUUCAAGCGUUAUUGAUUCUGCUAAAACUACUACCUUGACUACUUCUACUGUUCCUGCAUUGGCUUCAUUUUGUCAAACACCAGUUCAAUCAAAUCUUUCUGUCAGUGGUAUAUCAAACUUAGUAUCUAUGAAUCCUGGUUUGCAACAACCUUUGCAGUCUAAGCAAAAAAGCCUUCUUCGAAAAAAUAGGAUAUCCAGUGGAAAUAUAUUUGAAUCAACUAAUAAUGAUGCCCAGAUAAAUUCUGAACAAUCUCGUAUAAAGGCAUUAGGUGAUUCAGUGGAUAAAGAUGAAAGUAGUAUUUUGGAUAAAGGUAGUACUUUUGAUCCUGAAGCUGAAAAUAGGAAGCAACAAUCAUCGAAGGAGGAGCAAAUAUAUCAAAAACAGCAAAUCUUAGAUGAGCUGCAUAGGGUGGAAAGAGAAUUACAAGUUAAAGCAUCUAUUCAAUUUCUUAGUGAUAACACUGGGCCUCCACCUUCAUUACUACCAUCAAUGCCUUAUAUUGAUAUAACAAACAACUCAAAUCAAAAUACAGGAAUAGUAUGUGGAACUGGAUUGACUUUCCAGCCACCAUCUCAAACUGUCAUGCACAGCUCUACAUUUUUCUCAGUAGGUAAACCCUUAAGCACCACUGAUUCUUUUGGUACCACACCUCUGAUGCAUAAUGUAAAGUACACUCAACCACCACGUCCACUUCACAGUUCUACAGUAGCUGAAAUUAGUCAAAACACAGCCAUCAGUGACAGGCCUAAGGCAAAGCCUGUUUCUAAAAAAGAAGGCAAAAAUCAACGAAAAUCAGCAAUGCAAGUACAGACAUCUUCAUCUGCUACUGCUAAUUCUAAUUCAAACCAACAAGUUCUACAAAUGAAUCAACUUAUUCAUCACGCAGAACAACAUAUGACCAAUUUUGAAAUGACACCUCAGAAGCUAGAAAGAUUUAUGAGUGAAGGGUCAUUCAAUCAUGGAUGUAGAGGAAGCUCGCCUCAGAAUAUUUUUCAAAAUUCUAAUGCUGCUAGAUCAACACAGCUAGAAAGUACAGGUCAACCAAAUGAAUUAAAUUCAAGAAAUUUGCCUAACACCAUGAAUUCCAAUCAGAAUUAUUGCCCUCCAACUGAAGAAAUAUUGCAACAAGCAAUUAAUAAUAUAUUGACUAAUCCCAAAAAUACAAUCAAGGAUAGUUCUACUAAUGUCACUCAACAUGAUUCAUUCCAUCGAAUAACAAUGACUCCUGAAGAACUCAUGGUUCAUUUAACACGUUUGGAGCCUUCCUUAUCAAAUAUACCUCCUCAAGAAUUGUAUCACCAUGUUCAGCAUGUAUUGAAAGAUAAGAGACAGAGCAACUUUCAACUUAGUCAUCCCCCGCAUCAAACUGUUACGACUCUACAGAAUAAUAUUGAGCACCUUGUAACCCAGCAUGCACCCGUAGAACAAUCUCAGCAAAUGCAAUCUAGCACUCUUCAGCAGUCCAUAAAUCCAAGUCUUUCAACUAAUGAAGUUCAGAAUCAAGAAUUAGCUAAUAAACAAAAUGCUGCAAUGGCAUUAGUACAAAACCAAAAUUAUCACUUACAACAAGCUAUUUUGCAACAACAGCAUAGCUUGCAGAAAAAAAAGUUUUCUGAAAGUGAUCUAGUUAACUUAUUUUUGGAUACUCAGGAACUCACAGACAACAAAGGUUACGUUUUGGGAGAUUUGUCUUUGGAGGAGUUUGUUCGUGCUAUGGAAACCUUCAAUGUCGAUGUUGUGACAGAUUCUGCAUUGAAUUUGGAAUUACCUUCAAAUGAUCCAAAUUUGUUGGAGGAAGCAGCCCUAGCUGCCAAAUUUGUAUCAACUAUGGCAUUUCUUUCACCUUCAACUAUUUCACCUGAGGUCUUUGAAGAUAAAUCAUUGGAUGAAGAAAAAGCACGACAGUAUCAAGCUGGAUAUCACACUGCUAUAUUGAUGGCAAAGAAGCACUGGCCAGAUAAUUAUAGUGUUCAUCCAAAAAUUAUUUCUGAACAAACUCCUUCUGAUACCCCUAAUUCAGUGCAAGUUUCAAGCAAUGAGCCAGAUGUUAAGACUAAUAAUAAAAGUGGUUUAUGUGAACCAAUAGAGAAUAUAAAUGUAGCAGAACAGAUAUUGCUUACUCAACAACCAACUACGGUUGUUACAAAUUUGCCACCACCAGAUGUUUCUAGUUCUCAUUCACCACUGCUUUCGCCCCCUUGUACGCAACAUAAUAAUCAAGUUCAAGUUGCAACACAGACUCAGGUUCAGACCAGUGUUGCAGAAUCAAAGUCAUCUGCUUCAAAAAGUAAGGGUUCCAGUGAAAAUAAUACUAAAAGUAAAAAAAGUAGAUAUGUUCAGCCGCGUGUGACACAAGAACAGCAAUAUGCAUCAGAUAAUGGAGCUCAAUAUGGGAAUCAACCAUACCAACAAACGCCAUUCAGCUGUAUGGAUGUUGAUUCAGAAACUGAUAGUAAUCAUGAUACGGCAUUAACCUUAGCAUGUGCUGGUGGUCAUGAUGAUCUUGUUGAAUUACUGCUUUCAAGAGGAGCAGAUAUUGAACACAGGGACAAAAAAGGUUUCACACCUCUCAUACUUGCUGCAACUGCGGGACAUGAUAAGGUUGUUGACAUAUUGUUAACACAUAAUGCAGAUAUAGAAGCACAAUCUGAACGAACAAAAGAUACACCCCUGUCUUUAGCUUGUUCUGGUGGGCGAUAUGAAGUGGUUGAACUUCUUUUAAACCGGGGGGCAAAUAAAGAGCACAGAAAUGUUUCUGAUUAUACUCCUUUAAGCUUAGCUGCUUCUGGAGGCUAUGUCAAUAUAAUAAAACUUUUGCUGUCUCAUGCUGCAGAAAUUAAUUCAAGAACUGGCAGUAAAUUAGGAAUAUCACCUCUUAUGCUUGCAGCUAUGAAUGGACAUACGGCUGCUGUGAAACUUCUUUUGGAUAUGGGUUCGGACAUAAAUGCGCAGAUUGAAACAAAUCGUAAUACAGCCUUGACAUUAGCUUGUUUCCAAGGUAGACAUGAAGUUGUUAGCUUAUUAUUGGAUAGAAAAGCAAAUGUGGAACAUAGAGCAAAGACUGGUUUAACUCCUUUAAUGGAGGCUGCCAGUGGAGGCUAUGUAGACGUAGGGAGGGUCUUGCUAGAUAAAGGAGCUGAUGUAAAUGCUACACCGGUUCCCUCUUCAAGAGAUACUGCUUUAACAAUAGCUGCAGAUAAGGGUCAUUGUCGUUUUGUGGAGCUUCUGCUUUCUAGGAAUGCUGCUGUUGAAGUUAAGAAUAAGAAAGGAAAUUCUCCUUUAUGGCUUGCUGCAAAUGGUGGGCAUUUAUAUGUGGUGGAAAUAUUAUAUAGUGCUGGUGCUGAUAUAGAUUCACAGGAUAAUCGUAAGGUGUCAUGUUUGAUGGCUGCAUUUAGGAAAGGUCAUACCCAAGUUGUGAAGUGGAUGGUGAAUCAUGUUACACAAUUUCCUUCAGAUCAAGAAAUGACACGCUACAUUUGUACUAUCAGUGAUAAGGAACUUCUUGAAAAGUGUCAUGAAUGUGUGAAAACAAUCAGAGCUGCAAAGGAUACUCAAGCAGCAAAGGCUAAUAAAAAUGCAACUAUUUUGUUAGAAGAACUUGACAUGGAAAAAAAUAGAGAGGAAAGUAAGAAAGCAGCUGCGGCACGUAGAAGAGAGCGUAAGAAGAAGAAGAAGCUGGAAAAAAAAGAAGAAAAGCGCAAGCUGCAUGAAGAGAAUCAAAGAAAUGAAGAUAAAGAUGACGAUGAUAAAGAUUUAAGUGAGAAAGAUGAAGCUGUUCCAGAAUGCCCAGUACAAAAUGACAAUUUGGACAAAGAAGAAGGUGGUGAUAGUGGUAUUGACGCUAAUAGUCAGGGAUCCUGUUCAAGUAGUGAUGUUAAAUCAGCGGAUAAAAACAAGAACAAGAAGAAAAAGAAAACUCCAGUCAAUAUAUCCAAACCACUUAAUCAACAAGAUCCCCAAGAUGAUGAAUCUAAAAGUACAAAUAGUUUGAAGAAACUAGAUGACAGUCUUCCUUCUUUAGAACAAACUUUAGAUGGGUCUGUUAAAAAUGAGAAAGAACCUUUAGAAACAGAGAAACUUGUGUCCCCUGUUGAACCAAAAACUCCAAAAGUAGGAACAUAUAAGAAAGAUAAGAAAACAGAUGUAUCCCAUUCUAUCACUUCUACUACACCUACAAAAGUUACAAGUGCAAGAAAGUUUCUCAUAUUUGAAUCAUCUAGGCAUCCUGCGGAAAGAGAAGAUUUUGAAGCUACAGGUAAUGAAAAUUAUGCUUUAACUAAAGGUAAAAAGCCUCAUCACGAAAGUGAAGUUAUGUGUGCUGUAACUAAGAAUACAAGUCCGAAACAAUCUAUGAGAAGAGAAGAAGGAUGGAAGGAAGUAACAAGAAAAUCUUCUGUUCAAGUUCCAUCUGCUGACACAAGUAGCAAAAAAGUAAUUGUUCCCCUUCAUGCUAUUGCUCGUGUGAUUGGGCGUGGUGGCAGUAAUAUCAAUGCAAUUCGUGGAGCAACAGGUGCUUUUAUUGAAAUAGAAAAGCAGAGUAAGGGUCAAGGUGACAGAAGUAUCACAAUCAAAGGCCCUGCUGAUGCAUUAAAGCAGGCAUAUUCCCUGAUUCAAACAUUAAUUAAAGACUCCGAUGUUGAUAUCAUGAAGCUAUUACCGCAAGUCCAGCAAUCUAAGAUUACACCACCCACCAAUGCAUGGGAGAAACCUCCAUCACUGCAACCUAAUAAACUCUCUAUCAAAGUCACUAAACAGACAUCUCCCGUGGUUGCUAAAACUAUGCAAUCACAAAUGCCUGCUUGUAAUAGGCCAAAUAAUACAAAGAUAAUUAGCUUUUCUCCAUCAGCCACUAGGCCACCUUCUUCUAGAUUAUUGCCUUCAAGUGAUAAAAAGUGCAAUCCCACUAUCAUUUCAAGUUCAGAUAGUACUGUUGAGCUUAAAACAAGUAUGUCAUAUACAUCAGCAAUUUUAACUUCAAAUAAUAAAUCAGGUUCAAAGAUAAGUGGAAGUUCCUUUGCUGAAAAAUUAUCUGAAAUAACAUCAUCAAUUACAUCACCAAGUGCAGUAUCUAGUAUGAAAAAGACAACUUCACAAGCUGCUUCGGUUAUAACUACAAUUACUCCUGCAUCUAUUUCUCCAAAACAUCAUCGCUUACUGCACAGGCAAAAUGUGACUUCUGCACAUACUGCACAUUGCAAUUAUCAAAAUCCUCCAGGAAAAGCUACAAUUUUGCAGCAAGCACCACCUUCCAAUCAGAGUAACAUUUCUGUUGAAUCUACAACAGUUCAAAACCCUGCUGUUCCUAUGUCGCAAAUUGUUCAGGGGCAGGUCCCCAGUGGUCGUGAUAAUAGAACUCCCACACCUACUUCAUUAGGAACCCCAUGUGUGCAGAAACCAUUGCAUAGAUGUUCAAAUAGUCAAUCUUCUGGUAACCAGCCAUCUCAUAGUACAACAUUAAGCCCUAUGGAGUAUACACUGUUUAAAGAAACACCUCAACAAUCUAUGUGGAAUACAGAAACUAGCAACAAAGUCAACUUUUCAGUUGUGAAUGGUUCAUCAAGUUCACAAGCAUCUGGAAAUAAAUAUGAAAGCAACACUCCUCAGGUUGAUAUUUCUAAGGCUCCUGGUUAUCGUGGAACUGCAGUCAGCUCACCAGUUGGUUCAAAAACGUCAAGUAAUUCUACUACUCCACCUUGUCUACCAAAUUUACCACAAAACGCACCUCAGGGAUUUGGACAAUUCUCUAAUGACUUGCAGUCACAAAUUAAGUCACAAGUUAUUCAGCCGAUGACAGGUUUAGCUGUUGCAAGACCUACAUCCAACAAUAUGAGUUUAUCAGUUACAGUAGGUCCAAAUGGCUCUGGUAAUCCUGGUACUACACACUCAUCUGCUCCACCUACACCUUUAGGAUCUAUGUUAGGAGUUCAAUCAAUUCCAAUCGGACAACCAAUUGAAUCAUCAGGAAUUGGUCAUUCUUCUGUGCGAUUGGAUCAAUUGAACAUGCAAACUAAUCGCCAAUCUUUGUUUGCUGAUCAACGACCAAUGUCUACAUCAAGAACGCAUCAGCACCACAGCAGUGGUGGAAUGGCCUCACCUGCAUUUGAUGAUGCUUCUCAUCUGUUAUCAUAUCAUCAUACUUCUGGUGCCCAAAACCAACAUUGUAAUACCACUGUAACUAUGUCAAGAUUGAAUCCUAGGGCUUCAGCUUUCUCUAGUACAAAUUCUCAUACACUCAAACAAUUGCAGUCGCAGCCUUUACCUACAGCACAAAGUCAAGCUAGUGCUUGUCAAAAUCAGAUGAUGUUUAACAAUACACCAUUAUAUCACCAAAAUCCCAAUACUUUGCUGCCACAACAUACUUCUUCAAGCCAAAUACCUUACACGCAGAAGAGCUCUAUGCAGCUUUAUAAUCAGGUACCAAGACCAAAUCCAACAGGCAUGAAUGGUGGUUUCACACCAAAUCGUUGGCCGUUUAUGAGUGUACCAUAUCCUGGUGACCUAGGAACAUUAGGUACUAAUCAAAGCAAUGCUUCAGGAUUUUGCCACCUUUCUUCUUUAACUAAUAUUGGCCAUUCUCAAGAUAUUGUGGGCCUUGAAAAUGGAGGACUUGUUACGAUGAACAUGCCUUCAAUGUCUCCAAUUAAUCAAUCUGCACUUAAUGGGGCAACUAUGGAAGACCGUAAGAUACCUAGGCCUAUUGGUACUGAAAGAGCUUGGAAAUUUUCCAACCACAGCAAUGCAGCUUGUAAUGAAGCUACAGACCCCCAAAGUUGGAUUAUGAGUCAUCAUGAACAAUCUAAGCAGAGUGGCUGGCCAACCUCUCAACUCGUCAAUACUCCCAGUUCAUUUAUUAGGAAGCAGUACGAAGAUAUGUCUUCACACGACCGAUAUCAACCACAACAACAGCCUUUAUUGGCACACCAAAUGCAGAGUGAGCCAAGUCAAGCACAGUACAUCAACCCACUGAUGCAUUCACUGCCACCCAUUGUGCCAUCUUUCCUUCCUGGUUCUUCUGAUGCUACGUGCUCAUUAGAUAAUGCUUGUGGUGAUUCCUGGGACCCUGAGAAACAGAGUUGGGGACCUAAAUGGAAUCAUUAGAUAAUACCAAAAGUUGAAUCACAACAUCAUUUGGAUGAUGGAUAGAAUCAUGCAAUAUAAAAUAUUGUAUUAAUUGUUAUUGACAAACUGUGCAGGUUUACCUUGUG